AUGUCAGCAGGCCGUGCCACUCGCAACUUAACUCAUAUACUAUCCAUUCUGUCUCCUUCAAACAAGGCUUCGAUCAUAAAACUUCCACCAUUGAUCACUGAUGUGUCAUUGACUUUCAAAAAGAAAAACUCAGAUGGGCAUAUGGGGAUCCGGAAAUUCUGGCAAAACUACUUACCGACCAUCAAGUUUUAUAACCAAAGUUUGCCAAUGAAUGUGACCCGUAUUACUUUGAAUGAAAUCGACACAAAAAAAGCUAGGGGUGUCAAGGACCUUCCAGUCGAUUCGGAAGAGGCCAAGAAAUUGGAAAGCGACAUCAAAUUGUUGGCUAAAUGUCCUGCUAAGAUAACCAUUAGUUAUCAAGGUGGUAAAUCUGUCGAAUUGGACUGUAAAUGGAAAAGAUCAGAAAUCAUUUUGGAAGAAUUCACAAAGCUCACCAAGGCUGUGCCGGUAGCUGAAGAAGAAAUCUUCAAAUUUGGUGAGUCGCAAUGA